UUUGAUACAGGUUAAAUGGCUCCGGAUAGAGAUGCUCCACCUGAAAACUCACAAGAAAACUCACAAGAAAGAGAUGCUCAAGAAAGAGAUGCCACAGAUACAAAUGCUCCACCUGAUACUGAAGCAAAAGAAGUUGCACGAGGCAUCACUAUUAUGAAGGGAAUCGUUCGACAUAGAGACCAAGGAUUAGUAUACCGUUUGGAUUGGAAUUCUGAUAAACAAGCAAUUGGUCCUAAUUCUGCAAAGUUGACCAGCUAUAUUGGUACACUUGUUCGUAUGCAUAUUCCGGUCUCCACAGCUAAAUGGAAUCUGAAAAGCGAAGAGUUGGAUGCGAAAAAAAAAGCGAUUUGGGACGAGCUUCAGAGGACUUUUGAGAUACCAGAUGAUCGUAAACGCUACAUACUUAGUUUGGCCGGCAAAAGAUAUAGAGGGUGGAAAGCCUUUUUGACAAACACCUAUCUUAAGGAUAAAGAUGGAAACUUUCUUGAAGAGGCACCGGGACGGCCAAAAAAGUAUGAGAUCUUCAUUGGUGAAAAAGAUUGGGCUGAGUUUGUAAAUCAAAGAGAUGAAGAUUUUCGGAAAAGGAGUGCCACGAAUAGUGUUUCUCUCCCUCGCUUACUCUCAUCUCACGCACAGCGGUGGCCGGAGAAAACCUUCCCUAUCUCCGAUCGUUUCGCCGCCGUUCCUUCUCCAGAAUCCUCUCGAGUCUCACACCAAACACUCAAAAACACGUCUCAAAUCGACAUGGGAAAACGAAACCUAAACAUGAAAUUGGUACAAUCAAGAACAAAAGGAGAAUCGAAGGAAUCAGGAUGCGACGAAGACGCUAAAAAGGCCGAAGUUUAA